GAGUGGAAGCGUGUCGGGUCUGACACUGAAGCUCAUUCGCACUUCCGUCAGCGAGAUGCUGGAGACUCUCUCCGAUGAUGAUUACGUCAACAUCGUCUCUUUCAACAAUUCGGCCAAGUCGGUAGCCUGCUUUGAGAACCUGGUCCAAGCGAAUGUCCGUAAUAAGAAGAUUCUGAAGGAAGCAGUCCAGAAGAUCACAGCGAAUGGCACCACUGACUAUAAAAUCGGCUUCAAGGAGGCUUUUUACCAGCUCUCCUCAAUUAAUGUUUCAAGAGCAAACUGUAAUAAGAUCAUCAUGCUAUUCACUGAUGGAGGGGAGGACAGAGCUUCAGAGAUCUUUGAAGAGUACAACAGUGAAAAGAAG